AGUCAGCCCUACAGUCACUCUGAUCCCCAUUUCCACUACGAGAUGUCUCCCCUAACAGCACUCAUCCUCUUCAUCCUCCCCAUCCUCACACUCACCCACCCAACCAUCAGCCCCAAACUCACCACCCGAACAACCGCCCCGCCAGACUGCAUCACCGUCGACCAGCACAGCAGCAACAGCACAUACACAACCAUCACCGCCGCCAUCGACAGCCUCGACGCCGACUCCUCGUCCGCAUGCAUCUACAUCGCCGCAGGCACCUACGAAGAGCAACUGGUGAUCAAAUACCGCGGCAAACUAACCAUCUACGGCGAGACCAACGACACAACCACCUACGCGCAGAACACGGUGACGAUCACGCACACGAUCUCCUCGCCGGAGGCCGGGUCGCUGGUCAAAAGCGCCACGCUGGCCGCGGAGAGUGACGGGCUGAGUAUUUAUAAUGUGAACGUGGUGAAUGGGUUCGGGGCCGGGGCGCAGGCUGUGGCCCUCUCGGCCAACGGCAACGAAAUGGCCUUCUACGCCUGCCAAUUCAUCAGCUACCAGGACACGCUAUACGCCAAAGACGGAACCCAGUAUUACAAGAACUGCUAUAUAGAAGGAGCCGUCGACUACAUCUUCGGCGCGGCGUCCGCCUACCUCUCGACCUGCACCGUCAUCUCCACCGGCAAAGGCUUCGUAACCGCGAUGUCCCGGCAAGAAGAAUCCGACCCGGCAUGGUACGCGUUCGACGGGUGCACGGUCUCCGCCGCCCCGGGCCUCGAGGACGAGUUAGCCGGGAAAGUGUACCUGGGACGGCCGUGGCGGGUGCUGGCGCGCGUGAUCUACCAGCACUGUCAGCUGGGUGGAAUCAUUCAUGCAGAAGGCUGGACGACGAUGGCGGAGGGGGCGACGCCGUUGUACUACGAGUGGGAGAAUACGGGGGAGGGAGCGGAUACGGCGGCGAGGAAGUGGGAGAGUCAGAUUGAGGGGGAAGUCUCGAAGGAGACGGUGUUGGGGGUGGGUUGGGAGGAGUGGGUGGAUGGGGAGUUUGUGUGA